AGAGAGGCCAGUGUGCAAAAGUAACUGGUGUUUGAAGUAACUGGUGGAAGGAGUAGCCUUUCGCGACCAACGACAACUAACCAGGAAAUAAACAUAUCUCAGCCUCUCUAUUAUUAUUCUUUGUCGGUAUCGUUUAAAAGAUUAUAAAAGGAACUCUGCUAGAAACUUAAUCACACGUGCGUGAGGUUGUGGUUGUGACUCUGAAGAUGCUCAGCGAGGACACCAGUGAAUGACAAAGUCCGUCCCUUCAGAAGAUGGACGUGGCAGUGAAUGUAUAUUUGAUUAGCUCUCAGCGACCCAUCUGCUUUGAGCUGCUGGCUUGGCUCAAUGAAACUUUACAGACGGGCUUCACCAAGAUGGAGCAGGUAUGCACAGGUGCAGCCUUUUGCCAGCUGAUGCACUGGUUGUUUCCCAAGUCGAUGGACCUCUCCAGGGUCCGGUUCCAAAGCAACAACACGAUGGAUGCUAUCCAAAACUACAGUUUACUGCAAGCUUCAUUCAGAAAAGUUGGAGUUAUGCGAUGCAUUCCCACCGGGGCGCUGUUAAAGAAAGACUCUGACACGGCUCUCACCUUCCUGCACUGGUUUAAGGCAUUCUUUGACAAGAAUGUGAACCAGGACAGGAAGUACCAUCCCUUGGAGGCCAGAGGUGGACAGAGUAUGGUUCCUGCUUACUCAGAUGAUCCUUCUUCCCAGGCCCCUCCUCUGAAACAGGAGAUUAUUGUAAAGAAGGAGUGCAACACAGCAGAAGAACCAGAAAUGGAAAAACCCACAGAAAAUUUGAACAAGAAUGCUCAUGUGAUAGUACUAAUAUCCGAUGAUGAUGAUGAUGAUGAUGAUGUGACGAUGGAGCUGGAAACAGAUAAAAUGGAGACAACAGUGAAAGAAGAGCUGCAAGUAACAAAGGUGGAGCAAUCAGGAGCAGCAGUGGACGAAGGUAGCAGGGAUACUUUGUCGCGUUUCAUCAGAAGAUACAGUAGUGACAAUGGACAUACGAAUUUAGAUACAAGUACAGACACCAAGGUUUCUGGCCCUUCAGUUUCUGCCAUCUUGAGCCCAACCCACCCCGCCGACAUCAUUAAGGCCUGCUCUGGCACGCCGUACUGCCUCUACCUGUAUGUGGGCGUGGAGCUGGGUGGAGGGGAGAACACGAGUGUCGUCCUGGUUGGCUAUUUCGACCAGACCUCCGGUGUCAGUGUGGUGAGGCCGCUGCUCACACUGCAGAUGAGUGUUGAGGCUGUUGAUCCACAAACCUUAGAGGACACGGACACUGACACCAUCACUAAAUCAUCCAUUGCAGACACUGACGCAUGUCUUCUGAUUGAGACGCUGAAGAAAUGUGGCUUUCUUCUGUCCAAAGUUGCUGCAUUUUACUGUAACGCUCCACACCCAGGGGUGAGCGGGGUGUUUGUAUCCAUGCUCCAGGCUUACAACCCAAAGUUAAUCUCACUCUGCGGCCUCCCUGGCUUGGCAACAAGAGCAUGCCAGGCCGGACUCUUGGCCUCCUUUAGUUGCGUGGUUGAGCUGGUUAGAGACAUCCACUAUCACUACUACACCCACCCACCCGUUAGUGAGAGUCUGAAAACGCUAUUUUCUGAGCCUUUUAACCCAUCCCAUCCUAUCUAUGAGCAGUGUUUGUUUAUCACCCACGCUGUGCAGAAGAUUGUAUGCAGCUGGAGGCCUUUAGUGGACUACUUUAAGUCAAUGAAGCAAGCAGAGGAUGCUGACCGGAUCAGAACCCAGCUCAUGGAGCAUAAAGUUAAACUUCGCUUCAUUUUCCUCUCCCACAUGUUGGAGCCGCUCCAAGCUCUCCAAGAAUUGCAGCAAUGUGGCACUGCCUUGGCCGCAGAGCUCCAGCUGGCCUCCGUACUGGUCCACUCCUACGCAGCCAAUCUCCUCCGGCCCUCUGUCGCAGAGCGCUUUUUCAGCAAGCGAGACCCGAGUGUCCUCGAUAAUUGGACGAAGCUGCUCCCCACAACAGAGGUGCACGUAGGUGCUCGCGCCAGAGAAUUCCUGUGGGCCACCGCUGUCGUAGAUCUGGGAGAAGAGGAGAGGAGGAACUUCUUGAACGACGCUGCAAAUUUCUAUAAAGCAGCACUCAAGUGUCUAGUGGAGAGUCUUCCUGGGCGUCUUGGAGAAGUUGCACUGACAAAUAUAAGCACAUUGUUGAAACAUUCUGAAAAUAUCAGUGGUAAUAAAUUGUCUGGGACUACCCUGUCAGAGUUGGGGAUUCAGCUGGGUCUGUUUAGAUGUGGGAUUGCAGAAAAACAUCAACUGGCAUACGACUACUUCAAAUUCAUCAAGACAGUGAAAAUGGAGCAUUGCUGGACAAAGAUGAUGGAUGCCACCAGACCAUACUCUGCUCUGCGUAGACUCCUCCUGACCAUCCUGGCCCUGCCAAGCUCUCUGGGCAGGACCCACGUGUUUGCUAAAGUGUUCAACAAGGCUCUUCCUCCCAGCAAGGAAACACCAAAAGCCUCACGUCAACUAUGCAGUUGGGCCGAUAAACCCCGCAUCAGUAAACUAAGGAAAUCUGUCCAGGCAAGUAAUAGUGACAAGAAGUACAAAGGGACUUCAUCAGAUGAUGGUGACAGGGUUGAGGCCAAACCCAACCUACUUCCAUCCAAAUGCUCCAGCAGUAUGGAGGACUCAGACUACACAGACAAUUCCUCUGAUGUGGUUGAUGUCACAGAACAGUCCAAAAUAAGUCGGACCAGCACACUGAUGAAAACAAAAAGUGAAAAAACUCCACAGUCAGCAUUCGUUGAGAUCUGUGAUGAUGAUGAUGAUGACGAUGACGAUGACCACUGCGUGACUUCAACAAGCACACCACCCAACUCUAUAGAAUUGCUGGAUGUGAUGGGGGAGCUGGUCUGGGGUCAAGCGGAGGGUUUCUCUCCCUGGCCAGCAGUCAUCAUACCCUGCAGGGGAGUGAAAGACCUUCCAGAGAGUAGGAUGGUGGAGUGGUACGGACAAAACAUGUCUUCUCAGGUCAGUUUACAGGCUCUGAAACCAUUCGCUGCCUUCGCCCAGCACUUCUGUUCCAACUCCUUCACCAUCCUCGUCACCUACCGAGAAGCCGUCUUCUUGUCUCUACAGGAAGCAGCUCUACGUUGUAAGAAGCAUUUUUUUGAAUGCGUCGGGGACCGAGAUGAGCUGCUGAAACAGAUGUUGGACUGGGCUUUGGGAGGUUUUCAACCAACGGGGCCAGACGAACUCAAACCAACAGCUUUCCCAAAUGGUGUAACUAAAACAAACAUCAGACCAAAGGUGAAGCCGAAACCUUUCCUGAAGGCCAACUCCUGUCGUCCGUUGCUCAGCUCCUCCAGCCCAAUGAGCAGAAACAGCAGCACUAUCGGCACUGCACCAGAAGAAGAACCAACCUCUGUUAGCAAACUGUUGUGCAAUGUCACAGAGAAGUCGUCUCACAGGGGUGGAGGUGGAAAAAGGGCAUUAGAGGAAGAAUUUGAUUCUGCUGAAAAAAGCACUAAAGGAGUCAUGAAGGAGAAAGAAUCCAGGGAAGGAUUUGCAACAGAGAUGGGGAAACAAGCAGAGGGAGGGUGGGGGGGAGAGAGAGAGGACUGGGAAGGACGAUGGGAGAAGGGGAAAGGAAAGGGUAAGGCUCAGAAGAAGAAAAGCAGUCUGUUUGAUGGAUUUGAUGAUGACACGUCACCAGACUUUUUGCCGUACAAGAAGAGGGCCUUCACCAAAUCUUAUAAAAAGGUCAACCAGGCGACCAGCACUUACAGCCAGCCGGACCAAAAACUCAGAGAGAAUACCAUCCGUAGAAUCAUGGACAUGAAGCUGGACAUCGAAGGCUUCUGUUUGUGUUGUGGAACCGAAGACGUUGAGAUAUUGCACCCUCUGUUUAAAGGCAGCCUCUGCUCCGAGUGUAAAGAUAACUUAACAGAAACUCUGUAUCGUUAUGAUGAAGAUGGAUAUCAAUCCUAUUGUACCAUCUGCUGCUAUGGACUGGAGGUCAUACUGUGUGGCAAUGACGGCUGCUGCAGAUCUUAUUGCACAGACUGUCUUAACAUCCUUAUGGGUCCGGGGACGUUUGAUUCAUUGACGCUGCUGGAUCCGUGGAUCUGCUACUUGUGUCAGCCUCAUCAACACCACGGUGCUCUGAUUCCCAGAGAAGACUGGAGCAUUCGUGUUCAGGAGAUGUUCGCCAACAACAGUGCCAUGGAGUUUGAGCCUCACCGUGUUUACCCGUCCAUCCCUGCAAACCUGCGCAGACCUGUCCGAGUUCUGGCACUGUUCGAUGGCAUAGCAACAGGCUACCUGGUGCUGAAGGAUCUUGGCUUUAAAGUAGAGAAAUAUGUGGCCUCGGAGGUCUGCGAAGAUUCGCUUGCCGUAGCGGCCAUCAACCACGAUGGGAAGAUCAUCCACGUUGGUGACGCCUGCCUCAUUACCCAGGAACAUAUCGAGCAGUGGGGUCCGUUUGAUUUGCUGAUCGGUGGCAGCCCCUGUAACGACCUCUCAAUCGUCAACCCCUACAGAAAAGGCAUUUAUGAGGGCACAGGCAGGCUGUUCUUUGAUUACUACCGCAUCCUUCAGCUGCUGAAGCCCAAAGAGGGAGACCCCAGGCCUUUCUUCUGGCUGUUUGAGAACGUGGUCUUCAUGAACACACAUGACAAAGUCAACAUCUGUCGCUUCCUCGAGUGCAACCCUGUGCUGGUGAAUGCAGUCAAAGUCAGCCCUGCUCACAGAGCGCGUUACUUCUGGGGAAACAUCCCGGGGAUGAGCAGGCCCAUUACAGCGUCCCAGAACGACAAGCUGAAUCUCCAGGACUGUUUAGAGAUCGGCAGAAAAGCCAUGGUCUCUAAGGUGAGGACGAUCACCACCAAUCCAAACUCUCUGAAGCAGGGCAAAGGUGGCUCUUCUCUGCUGCCUGUCCUCCAGAAUGGCAAAGAGGACAACCUCUGGAUCACUGAGCUAGAAAGGAUUUUUGGGUUCCCCAAACAUUAUACCGACGUGAGAAACAUGAACCGGCAGCAGAGGCAGAAGGUACUGGGGAAGGCCUGGAGCGUGCCAGUCAUCCGUCACCUCUUUGCUCCCCUGAAGGACUAUUUUAGCUGUGAGGAGCUGCCUCCUUUGACCACCUCCAACUCCACACCCUCUCCGUCCCCCCCUGCAUCUCCAGAACUGCAGCAGCUGAGAUUGAGGGGGGGUUGGUAAUGUUGUGUACAGUAUAGUAUGUAUGUGUGGGUUUGUGUGGAGGGUUUUUUCCCCACCACUUGUUAUAAAUGAACUAUGCAGCCUUCAUAUAAUCAUCUAAAU